AUGGCAUCACGGCGAGCUAUCCUGCCCCUGCGCAGCUUGCUCAAUCGGCAAUGCGCCAGUGCUGCCCGCCAGCAGUACAGAGCUUCGAGCAACUCGUCGACACAGGCCAUAGCCUACAAAGCUCUCCACCGCCGUAUUGCACCGCUCCCGACCGAAGACCGCCCUCCUGCCUGGUCUGCGCCAGCUGCCGUCAGCAGCAUCCUCUACGAGACCCCCCUCCCAUCUCAAGCUCCCCCGAAGCGUCAUAUCCUCAAUUGCUUGGUCCAGAACGAGCCUGGUGUGCUCUCUCGUGUCUCUGGCAUCUUAGCUGCUCGCGGCUUCAACAUUGACAGCUUGGUCGUGUGCAAUACCGAGGUGGAUGACCUCUCCCGGAUGACCAUUGUCCUGCAAGGUCAAGACGGAGUCAUAGAGCAGGCCCGCCGCCAGCUCGAGGACUUGGUACCCGUCUGGGCUGUGCUGGACUACACACAGUCUCCGCUCGUCCAGCGCGAGCUGCUCCUUGCCAAGGUGUCCAUUCUUGGCCCCGAGUACUUCGAGGAGCUGCUAGCGCACCAUCGAGAGAUGGCCCAAACGACCGAACAAGAAAUAGGCUUCAACACAGAAGAGCUGUCCGAGGAGGAGCGAAGUGCCAUUGCCGAGGAGGCUGCCCGUGAUUCCUUGAGGAAGGACUACCACCCCACCAACCUCCCCGUUAGUCAGGCUCUCCGCCACAAGCACGAGCAUCUGCGAGCUAUCACCUUCAUGACCCACCAGUUCGGAGGAAAGGUUCUGGAUAUCAGCACCAACAACUGUAUUGUGGAGGUCUCUGCAAAGUCAUCGAGGAUAGACUCCUUUAUGAAGCUCAUUGCUCCCUUUGGUAUCCUGGAGUCUGCGAGGACUGGUUUGAUGGCUCUGCCACGUUCCCCACUUCAUGGAUCUGUUGAAGUGGAAGAGAUGGAGGCACAGGACGUUGUCGAUAACAGCAUGCUUCCCCCGGGUUAA